AUGGCAGAAACUGAACCCACACAAUGUAUUCUUGUUGAGAAUCUUGCUGAAAUGCAAACUAUUCUCUAUUCUAAACUUCAAGAGCAAUUCAACCCGAAAACAAAAAACAAGGUUGGUUUCUCCUUGAAUUUUACUCCUGUCCACACAUUCGGCAAUGGGAAAAUCAAGGAGAAAGACAACUUUGUGCAUCCAUUGGAUGUAAAAAUUUCACAUCAAUUUCACUGUGUCAUAAUAACUGACAGAGACAGAAUUCAAGUGUUUGAUUUGCAUUCAAGAAAAUUUAAAAAAUCAAUUCAAUUUCAAAACUAUAGAAUUAAUUAUUUAAAUAUUGAAAAGAUUAAUCAAAAGGAAUAUUUAUAUGUCACUUCAAUGUCUCCUUCAGUCUUGUUUAAAUUUGAUCUUGAACAAUUGCUACUUUCAAAUAAUGAGCCAAUAGAAAAUCUCUGUAUUUGGAAGGUAGAAAAUCUUAAUCAUCCUUCAACUGUUGAAAUAUUGUACAGAGAUUAUCAUGACAAUCAAAUUUUAGUCUCUGAUAUGUCAAUAGGAAGAAUUCACGUAUUGGAUUCAAUUACUGGAAUGAAAGUACAAGAGAUUUUAGCUUCAACACCUUAUGGAAUUGCUUUUCUCAAUUCAAAUUCCUUCCUUGUUGGAGAUGCUUGUAAUGACAAUAUCCAUAUUUAUGAAAGAAAUGAAAAUCAAGAAUUUCAAAAAAGUUCAAGUUUUGAUUUUAGUGAUAAAUCAAGACCCUCGACAGGAAUAAUAGGUUUUGAUAGUGGUGGUCUUCUUUUCGAUCCAAUUGAGAAGAAUAUUCUGAUUGUUAAUAUUAGAAAGUCACAAAUAUGUGCUUUCAAGCAAGAGAAUCGAUCAUUAAUUAAGACUUUCAAAUCUGGAAUGUUUUCUUAUGGAAUGUGUUUGGAUCAAUAUACUGGAGAACUUUAUGUUUGUAACAAUGAUAAGAAGAAUGGAGAAUUUGUGAAAAUUCACAAGAGGAUUAGUUUGGCAAAACCAUACGAUUGUGAGAAGGCAGAAAAGGAGGCAGAACUCAGAGAAUUGGAACGUAAAAAACAGGAAAAGAUACGACAAGAAAAGUUGGAAAUGGAAAGAAAAAUCAAAGAAGCAGAGGAAAAGAAGAAGAAAAUGGAAGAGGAGAGAAAACUCAAAGAGGAGCAAGCAAAGAAGCAAAAGGAAGAGGAAGAGAAAAAGAAAAAAGAAGAAGAAGAAAAGAAGAAAAAGGAAGAAGAGGAGAAGAAGAAAAAAGAGGAGGAAGAAAAGAAGAAACUUGAGGAAGAGAAGAAACUCAAAGAGGAGCAAUUAAAAAAAGAAGAAGAAGAGAAGAAACAAAAGGAAGAACAAGAACGAAAGCAAAACGAAGAGAAGAAACUCAAAGAAGAAACUGAAAACAAGAAACUAGAUGAAGAAAAUCAAUCCAAGUCAACCAACAACUCUUCAAUUAGUGCCGCUACCUCAUCCAAUCCUAAACCUGCCUAA